AUGUCGGACACCUUUACAACUGUUCGUCAGGUCGUCUGCAUUGAGAAAUGGUCAUGGAGCAAAUGGAGAGGAGAAGGUGGAGAGCAGUUUACAGGGGUUGGAGACAUAUGUGUCAGUUAUAAAUUGGAGGAAAGUCACCUUGAUUACUUAGACCGCAGAGGAGCGGGCGCUGAGAAGAGGGCAGUCCUGAACCUGUUCGAAAUCCCCUCCCAUGCUUUUACUCAAUUUCCCUCUGAGGAAGUAAUCUCCAACUCUCCUCCCAUGCCAACGCUCUUUAAAGAGCGUGUACGGCACCAUAGCGCCUAUCGAACCUCCGCUCCCACCGGCCUCUGCGCGCCUCUUAACCCGACCGUGGAGCACUUACAGAGGGCUUUUGAGAGGUUGAAUGGCGCUUAUAAAGCGACCGGCAAGUUUUGUGACUGCAUUGGUUACUGGUCCGGUCCAGUCCUAUCUUGCUUAAGAAAGCGUGUUGGGGUUUUGGAAAUCGUAAAAGUGGCUGAAGCAGAGAUACGGAGGUGCUGUGAAGUGAAUAAACACAAGCCCUGGAUUGAAACAUCCUACCAUGGAGUCAUCACAGAGAAUAUGGAUACUGUCUUACUGGAUCCUCCUCUGGUAGCUUUGGACAAAGAUGCACCAGUUCCCUAUGCAGGUGAGAUCUGUGCUUUUAAGAUCCAUGGGCAGGAGGCUCCUUUCGAGGCGGUGGUGCUGAACAGGACGUCUGGCGAGGGGGUCCUAAGGGCCCGCGGCCCCGUUGACUGUGAGCAGCAGAAGGAGUACACCUUUAUUAUCCAGGCCUAUGACUGCGGGGCCAGUUCCACUGGGGCCAGCUGGAAAAAGAGCCACAAGGCGGUGGUGCACAUUCAGGUGGAUGAUGUAAAUGAGUUCUCGCCGACGUUCAGGGAGCCUGUGUACCGUGCCAUGGUAACAGAGGGGAAGAUCUAUGACAGCAUCCUUCAGGUGGAAGCGUGGGACCAGGACUGCUCCCCACAGUACAGCCAGAUCUGCAACUACGAGAUUGUCACCCAGGACACGCCCUUCGCCAUCGACCGUAACGGUAACAUCAGGAACACAGAAAGGCUAAGCUACGACAAACAACAGCACUAUAAGAUCAUGGUUACCGCGUAUGACUGUGGACAGAAGAGGGCGACAGAGAGCGUGCCCGUCCACAUCGAUGUCAAACCGGUCUGUAAACCCGGAUGGCAAGGCUGGAACAAACGAGUGGAUUACGAACCUGGAACAGGCAGCAAGCAGCUCUUUCCCAAGAUGCACUUGGAGACUUGUGAUGGCCCUCUGUCUUCAGUUCGAGUUAUGGUGGAGCUUCAGACCAGCCAUAUUGGGAAGGGCUGUGACCGGGAAACAUACUCUGAAAAGUCCUUACAGAAGCUCUGUGGUGCGGCUUCAGGCAGCACUGAUCUUCUCCCCGCUCCGAGUGCUUCCACCAAUUGGACGGCUUCCCUGUUGACAGACAGCGGGCGAGACAGUGACCUCAUCUUCCGUUUCGACGGAAGGCAGGCUGCCAAUGUUCCAGACCAGGUGGUGCCACAGAACCUGACCGACCAGUUCACCAUAGCAACGUGGAUGAAACACGGACCAAGCCCCGGGCUGAGAGCAGAAAAAGAAACCUUGCUCUGCAACUCUGACAAGACCGAAAUGAACAGACAUCACUACUCUCUUUAUGUCCACAACUGUCGUUUGGUGUUCUUACUCAGAAGAGAUUUUACACAAGUGGACACAUUCCGACCGGCAGAAUUUCACUGGAAACUGGAACAGAUCUGUGAUAAAGAGUGGCACUACUACGUCAUCAACGUGGAGUUUCCCGCCGUGACUCUCUUCGUGGACGGCGUGACGUACGAGCCGUACCUGGUGACGGACGACUGGCCCAUCCACCCCUCUCAGAUUGACGUGCAGCUGACAGUCGGAGCUUGCUGGCAAGGAGGUGAGGUAGCCUCUCCGCGCUUCACACAGUACUUCCGCGGAAGUCUCUCUGGCCUCACCAUCCGUCCAGGGAAGAUCGAGACACAGAAGGUCAUAUCUUGCCUGCAGGCUUGCAAGGAAGGACUGGACAUCAACUCACUAGAGAGCCUGGGCAAGGGAAUUAAGUUCCACUUCAACCCGGCUCAGUCAGUGCUGGUUAUGGAAGGAGAUGACCUGGAAAGUAUCAAUAUGGCCAUGACUAAAGUGUCCUACAUCAACUCCAGGCAGUUUCCCACACCAGGUCUGCGCAGACUCCACAUCAGCACCACAGUGCAGUGUUUUGGGGAGGAUACGUGCAUUUCCAUCCCAGACAUUAAGGCUGUCGUUAUGGUCCUACCACCCAGUGAACCCAGGAUAACUAUCGCCGGGGUGGAGCGACUGGUACUGCCAGCCUCAGAACUCCGCUCGGCCGCUGGUGUGACUCUGUUUAAGGACAUUCGUAUAAUCAGCACCAUAACCAAAAGUGACAGCACCUUCAGUGCAGCUCAUAGACUUGGUGUUCUAGAGGUAAUGCACAACCUUGAUUACUGUGAUGUGUUGGUGAUUGGGGAGGAGCUGAAUCCAGAGCAGGAGAGUUUAGAGAUCCAUCACAGCUCUUUACUGGGCAAACACCUUGAUGCCACCAACUCCACCUCUGGCAUCUCCAUCUAUGGUGUUGAUUCCAUGGCACAUUACGAGCAGGCCAUCAGGCAAGUUAGCUACCACAACUGGCGGCCAGCCAGCCUGACAGAGAGAAAAUUCCGGCUCAGCUGCUCUGAGCUCAACGGACGCUACACCAGCAACGAGUUCAACCUUGAGAUUGCUGUGGUGCACAGCUCAGAGAAUGUGGGACAUGUCAAUCACAUGGCAGUCCAGUCACAGUUUAUGCGGCCUGUGCACCAUCCUCUGAUGGUUCACACCCUCAACUCCGAUCACAUCUCAGGCACACCGCCAGCAGCAACUGUGGUGAUAGUGAUGUGUAUCGCAGCCCUAGUGGUCAUUGUAGUCCUGGGUAUCUAUCGUAUCCACACCACUCACCAGGAGGGCACUAAGGAGGACGAGGAGGGGGGGAAGGAGCCCGAGAUGGACUGGGACGACUCCACACUCACCAUCACCGUUAACCCGAUGGAGAAUAUUGAUGGCCCUCAGAUUGCCGAUGAAGCCAAGGAGGAGGAGGAGCAGGAGGAGGAGGAGGAAGAGGAGGAUGAAGAUGAUGAAGAUGAUGACGAACUGGCAGAAGUGUCUAGUGCGGAAUCUGAGGAUAGUGAUGAGGAGGAGGAGACAGAUGUGCAGCAAGUCAAGGGCAAGCUGGAGUGGGACCACUCUACAUUACCCUAUUAA